GUUAUCGAAUCUGCUAACGUUUUACGCCAGAUAUUUAUCGAAGCAAGAUGGCGACCGCUGGUAAACAGUAUGGGCUCAUUUUGUCCCGGAAGAGUGCAUCAAAAUCUGCCCCUCUCUCCCGGCCCUCUGUGUUUGGAGAUGAUUCUGAUGAUGAGACCUCCGUUGGGGAGAGCUUGCAGAAGGAGUCAGUCAAAAAGAAGAUGAUGAAGCAGACCCGUCUCGAGAUGCAAAAGGCCAUUGAAGAGGACAGCACCGUCUAUGAGUAUGAUAGUGUGUACGAUGAUAUUCAGAAACAGAGACUGGAAAGCAAUAAGAAAAUGCUAGGUGGCACAGACAAAAAGCCCAAGUAUAUUAACCAGCUGCUCCGUGCAGUCGAAGAGAGGAAAAAGGAACAGGAACGCCGUGAUGAGAGAAAGAUCCAGAAGGAGAGAGAAGCAGAGGGCGAGAUGUUUGCUGAUAAAGAGGCCUUUGUCACUGCAGCUUAUCGCCAAAAACUUAAAGAAAGACAGGAAGAGUUGGAGAGAGAGAAGAGGGAAGCAGAGUUAGAAGCUGCACUGGAUGUCAAGAAGCAGAAGGAUCUUAGUGGAUUUUAUAGACAUCUUCUCAAUCAGACAGUCGGAGAGGAGGUAGUGCCUGAUCGUAGUGCUCAAAGAGAGGAGAAAGCUACAGGCUCUGCAGCAGCAGAACGGUCACCAACCCCGGAGCCUGCAGUGAAUCAAAAAGAGCGCGAGGCAGAAUCCCACAGCGAUGAGGACCAGAGUGAUAAAACUGCAUUCACCAAGACCACCACAAACAUCAAUCACCCAAAACGGCACUACAGACAAAAAUCCCCUCUUUCAGAUAGUGAUGUUGAGCGUGAGAGGGAAGAGAUUAAAGAAAAGAGUCUCAAGGAAAGAGACAGGGAUGCAGCAAAGGAUAAAGAUAGAGAGAAAACCAAAGACAGAGAAGAUAAGCACAGUCACAGAAAGGAAGACAAGGACCGCAGAAGAGAAAGGGAGCGAGACAGGGACAGAAAAGAUGACAGAGGUCGAGACAGGAGGGACAGAGACAAAGAUGACAGACAUGGUAACAGGGACAGAAGAAACAGCAGUCCAAAAGACAGAGAACGAGACAGAAGAAACAGCAGUCCAAAAGACAGAGAAAGACACCGUAAAGGAGAACGAGAGAGAGACAGACGAGAUAACAGCCCGAAGGACAGGGAACGGGACCACAAAGAAGAGAAAGAUCAGAGGGACCGAGAAAACCAGAAAAUGGACAGCAAAAGGAAAAACCAGGAUGAGGAAAAAAUUAGCGAGACACAGAUGGAAAAUGAUAAAGAAGAAAAAGUUAUGGAAUCAGAGGACAAAAGUGAUGCACAACAGAAACCUAGUAAAUUUGCAAAACGGAGCAGUGAUCAGACUGUAAAUUCAGCCAAAGAGAGAUAUCUGGCCCGGCAACUUGCUCGUUUUGCUGCAAAGCCCUACAUCGAAAAAGAUGAAGACUAGCAAAUGGAUUGAUCAUUGUAUCUCACUUUUAUGCACACUUCUCCCUCUUUGAAAGUGUAUGUAUUGGUUUAAGGCAAAUAAUUUCAAAGCUUUAGUGAGCCUAAGUGCUUGUAAAUUUGAGUGUUUUCUUUCUUGUAAAUUGUACUUCAUUGUCAGAGUUAAUAAAGAGAAGGAAGAAAAAAACCUGCA